CUUCUGGCGUAGCCCUGGACUGGACUCCAGUGUUUGUGGGUUAGUGGGCACGACUGUAGUGAUGUGAUUUCUUGACGACAGGGAAAGUGAUAAGGAGGUUCUUUUGUACGAUCAGUAGUUGAUAAGCUCACAAUGGCGGACGAGCCAGCGAGUCAGCUGCGCAGACGGCGUAUAUCCGGGAACCCCAACUUCCAGCUUAACCUGGACGCCGGGUACCACAUCAGCGAGGGUCUCUCCCAGGGUACACCUUCUCCCAGCUACUCCAAGCUGACCCCAUCAGCUACACCCAGCUCGUCACGGCUGCUGCAGGAGUUUAAGAACAAAGCGCAAUCUUUUGAUGUACAGAUAGAAGAAUGCGAAGAAGAGGAGAUAAUAAUCGAGAGCGACGAUGAAGGCGAGGACACAGCGACGGGCGUGACCGCCGACCGGCCCGUCACGCCCACACCUGUACAGGACUUCGGGACAAACGUCGUGUAUUUAGAAGGACCCCAAACGAGUGAUUUCCUGAAAGUGAACGCGAUCGAACACGACUGCUACACUGACGUCUCAGAUGCCGACUCGGAGGGGGAGAACGAACCGUAAUUACUUAGCACAGGCUGUACACAACUUAUAGAUCGAUGAGCAGUGGCGGCCUUACCCAUAGCGAGGCCCCGGGCGGAAGCUCUUUGCGAGGCCCUGGGCGGCAGAUCUGCGAGGCCCUUUGUCUUACGAAAAAAUACCUUGCGAGGCCCCGGGGGAUUGCCCUGUUCGCCACCCCUUAGGGCCGCUUCUGUCAAUGAGCAAAACUGGAGAGGACAAACGGCGCAUGUGUCAUCUACCAAUGACGUGUGACAGUCUGAUCGCGAUCUACCAAUAACGAGCCGUCUGAUCACUGAUGUCUGACCGACCAAAAGUGUGUUAACGUCAGUGACGGAUUAAGACUACUUCAUGCCCUAAGCAAUUCAUGCCUGUGGUCCCUAUGGGCAGAAGUAAAAGUUAAGGGGGCCCCCUACAAACACUGUUAAAAGGCCGGCAACGCACCUGCAGCCAUGGGCGUACCGAGGGGGG